AUCAUGUCGACUAACAAUCAAGAUCCUGAAAUUGAACUUUUCGUCAAGGCCGGCAGUGAUGGAGAGAGCAUCGGGAACUGUCCUUUCUCCCAGCGUCUCUUCAUGAUCCUGUGGCUCAAAGGAGUCGUGUUCAACGUCACCACCGUCGAUCUCAAGAGAAAACCAGCAGAUCUGCACAACUUGGCCCCGGGGACACACCCGCCGUUUCUCACCUUUAAUGGAGAAGUCAAGACCGACGUCAACAAGAUCGAAGAGUUCCUGGAGGAGGUCCUGAGUCCUCCUAAGUAUCCCAAACUGGCAGCGAGGCAGAGGGAGUCGAACACGGCUGGAAACGACAUCUUCGCCAAGUUCUCAGCCUACAUCAAGAACACCAAACCAGAGGCCAACGCGGUUCUGGAGAAAGGCCUGACCAAAGCCCUACAGAAGCUGGACGACUACCUGACGAGCCCUCUGCCGGAGGAGAUCGACGCAGACAGCAUGGAGGAGGAGAAGGGCUCCAGCCGAUUGUACCUGGACGGGAACGAUCUGACUCUAGCCGACUGCAACCUGCUGCCCAAACUGCACAUAGUCAAGGUCGUUGCAAAGAAAUACCGUAACUACGACAUUCCGUCUGAGAUGAGCGGCGUCUGGCGUUACCUGAAAAACGCCUACACGCGCGACGAGUUCACCAACACCUGCGCCGCCGAGAACGAGAUCGAGACGGCGUACAAGGACGUGGCUCGGAGACUGGCCAAGUAAACGACGACGUACCCAACGAAACGAGGGAAUAACGGACUAAUUUAUGAGGAAAAACAUGAAAUAUCUGCCACAUUAUCAGAACGGUCCACUGAAUACGUCACCGAGCAGUUUGUGAUGGAUUUACCGCACUGUGAAAAGAGAAUAUCUAGAGUUUAAAGAGGGUUAUUACAAUUCUAUGAGGGAUUAACUGCUAAAACAUAACAUAUUUA